UCUCAUUACUCAUAUCACCUGCAAAGGUUAUUCUCUGUCUCUUCAGAGUUUUUUGUGCCUGCAGUUAUUUUGUUGCAAACAUCUGAAAGAUGUUUCAAUUUAUUUCAUAUGUUGGAUUGGCUUUACUGAUUAGCAGAUCAACACCAGCAGUUGCUUCAACCACCACAACAGUUGCUCCAACGACCACAACUGUUAUUCCAACAACCAAAACUGUUGUUCCAACAACCACCACAGUUGGUCCAACGACCACAAUUGUAGCUCCAACCACAUCCACUGUUGCUCCAACGACCACAAUUGUAGCUCCAAUGACCACAACCGUUGCUCCCACGACCAUAUCUGUUACACCAACAACCACAACUGUUGCUGCAACUACCAUAACUGUUGCUCCAACCACCACAACUGUUGCUCCAACGACCACAACGAUUGCUCCAAUGACCACCACAGUUGCUCCCACAACCACAACUGUUGCUCCAAUGACCACCACAGUUGCUCCCACAACCACAACUGUUGCUCCAACCACCACAACUAUUGCUCCAUUCACCACAACUAUGGUCCAACAACCACAACUGUAG